AUGAUCGCACAACAAGAACGCUUGUCCAAGCACAAGAUCAAUCUGCGGGACUCCCGUCCCAUCUUCGAAAAUGAGCUCGGAAACAUCCAACAGUUCACCACCACCGAGCUUCCCCUGCUUAAGAACCUCUCCCUACAGAAAAUCGAGCUUGUGCCGAACGCCAUCCUCGAGCCUAAAUGGUUCGUCAACUGCAACGUCCUCGCCUAUGUGGUUGAGGGCAAGACGCUGGUUCGUACCCUCGACCACGCUUCCGACAUGUCCACCUUCACCGUAAAGGAGGGUCAGAUGUUCCACGUGCAUUCGGGCGCGCUCUUCACCGUCGACAACGUCGGGUCUGAAAGGGCCACGCUCCUGCUGUGCCUACGGCACGAGACGCCCAAGGACUUCACCUUGUCGGCCUCUGCGGGCGCGUUCACGGACAACGUCCUCGGCAACACCUGGAACGUCGACGCGGCCGUCUUCGCCAACGCGCCCCGCACCACCAAGCCCAAGGUCAUCGUGAAGCGCGAGGGCGCGGCGCAGAUUCCCGAAAACGCCCACUGGCCGCACCCGAACCGCUUCGGCAUCGAAGAGAUGCAGGCGCCCACCUACGCGGAGGGCGUGGGGUCCGCCAAGAAGGCGCGCUCGCAGUACUGGAAGAUCCUGACCAACAUCGCCAUGUACAGCCUGCGCGUGGAAGACGAGGGCAUGCGCGAACCGCACUGGCAUCCCGACACGGUGGAGCUGGGCUACAUCCGCCAAGGCAACGCGAGGAUGUCCAUCAUGGACCCGGACGGGAGCGUCGACACCUUCACGCUCCAUCCCGGCGACGUCUACUUUAUACCCGCCAGCUACCCGCAUCAGAUCGAGGUGGUCGGCGAGGAGAAGAUCCACUUCUUGAUCUUCUUCGAUCAGCCCAUGCCCAAGGAUGUGGGGUUCCGCCAGGCGGGCACCGUCAUGUCGCGGAGGAUCAUUGCGUCGGCGUUUGGCAUGAAGGAGAAGGAUCUGCCGGAAUUCCCUUACGAUAACGAGGAUCCUCUGCUGGUGGCAAAGACCAACCCCACGGACCCUGUCGUGUAA